AUGCUGUCGUUCCGACGGGCAUGGGCUGCGUUGCGACGCUCGUCCCGCACGCGACGUCGAUGUUACUAUCUGUAUAAUCGUCCUGUCUUCCUCUCCGUCAUCUCCCUCAACUCUGGAAUGUUGUUUCAUGCACCAUCUCUCUCUAGUUGCUUUGCAAUUCAAGGUUAUCCAGUCAGAGUUCGUGAUUACAGUGUGCUGCUGGAUAAUGGCAUUACAAGACGCCGUACGACACCCGUUGCUGCUUCAAUACCAGUAAUUAAGUUUUCAUCGAAGUAUGAGCUACUACCGGAUGAUGUACACUGCUUUGUGGGGCUCAAUGGUAGUGGCAAGACGCAGUUUCUAGCCAAGUUACAGGAAUAUGUGAAGAUGCAGCAAGCUCAUGGGACAAUAUCGACAUCGGUUCGUCUUGCAACUCUCAGUCUCGAUGCUCAUCGAGAUUUCCAAGCAGAGCAUGGAAAGCGGGUGGUAGCCGAUGUACUGGGUGGUAUUGGGUCUCCAACUGCACGGGAUCUUAUUGUAAGGCUUGGGCUGUAUCCUGUGUGGGAGCAGCAAGUGCGUCACUUGUCGACGGGAGAAAUGAGAAAACUUUUGCUUGCUGUGUCGUUGUUGGAGACUCCAAGAGCAUCGGUGCUGAUUUUGGAUCAGCCUUUUGAUGGGUUGGAUAUAAAAGCGAGAAGACAACUACACUGGAUGCUUGGACAGUUGACAAGAGGAUUCACAAGACUGUUGGUUGAGACAACGGGUGCCAAGCACGAGGCGUUUGCUUUCAAAACACAGGUGCUGUUGGUUGCUAACAGAUUGGAGCAAGUAUUCCCGGAGAUCUUUUCCCACACAAUCCUGUUGAAGCACAAUGAGAUUGGGAAUUUUGAAAUGGUGGCAUGGCCGGGAGAUAAAGAGAAUGACGCACGCAACAAGGCUAUGAUGGAGCGUCUUGAAAAUUUUUAUAAUGAAGAGCACGGAAAACGAGUUAGGAUGAAGGACACGGAACUAAUGUCAUUAGUCGAGCAACUGUUUAGCUGCAAGGAUGAAGAUCUGACCGAGGUCGAGCUAGCCUCUGCGGUGCAAUUGAAGGAUGUUUCGAUCGCAUACAACCACAAGAGGAUCUUACUGAAACAUGUAAAUUUUGUGCGCCAAACCCAUCAACACUGGGCUCUACUUGGGCCAAAUGGCUCGGGUAAAAGUUCCCUGAUGCGUGUACUGAUGCAGACGCCUGGGCAUGGGUUAACUGAAGGUGAAGUGCUGGUUAUUGGCGAGCAAGUGUGUGUCUCUGGCUUGUCUUUCACCGAGGAUGGCACUUCUACGGCCUCGAAGCCACGAGUUGAAGCGAUCUCGACUGAUCAGCACAUUCAGCUACUGCACCGAAGUUUACAGUCCGACCAGGUAGAGGACCAAACUGCCUUUAACCUCAUCGACAACAAUGCUGCAAGUCCCGAGACUGCUAGACUCGCUAUGCGCCUGCUAGCUUUACCUGAUGCUGUUAAGACCCGCACUCUAGCUCAGCUUUCGCAGGGAGAGCAGAAACUCGUGUUGAUUGCACGUGCACUGGCCGCACGUCCGAAAUUGCUGAUACUGGAUGAAAUCACGCACGGACUCGAUCCGUUUAACCGCGCUCACGUGCUGCGUGUGAUUGAAGCUAUCGGGCAACAUGCCGCACAGCGCACUCACAUGGUACUCAUCACACACCACGAAGAGGAAAUUACUCCAUGUUUUUCCAGCAUUUUUGAAAUCCAAGACAAACAACUUAUCGAGCGUCGAUCCGCAUAG